UGACUGCAGUGACUGGGCCCGUACAUGGACUGAACUCAGGACCGUGACGUUAGCAGCACGACGCUCUAACAAACUGAGCCAACUCACAAUCUUAAAUAGCAACACUUAAACGAAAGUGAAAGUUACUGAACUAACAGAGACUACUAAUCCUCACUGACGAGCUGCAGAUCGUUGUGGGACUUGAACAGUCAGCCACAUUUCUGGAUCAGGAUGUCUGUUCGAUUCUCUGGCUGGGAGGUGGUGGACGAUGGUGCUUGUUUCCCUGGUGUGGAGCUCGGGGCGUCCCAGAAACCCCAAAAUCGGGGCGUCUACAAAAUGUACCAUGGAACCAGCGUUGCCAGCGCACGGCUCAUCAUUGCUAAUGGCUUUAAACAGUCAUCAGGUGGCUUGCUAGGAAAGGGCGUGUAUGUCAGUCGUGAUAAGAAGAAGGCAGAACGUUAUCCUUUGUUCAGUCUCCCUUCAAACCGUGUGAUCUUUGAGCUUUGUGUGCGUGUUGGCCGUGUAAAACGUAUUGACAAGGACAACCAUCCUCUGCAGCUCACCUGGAGCGCGCAUGGCUACAACACUGCCUGGGUUCCCCCCAAUUGUGGCUUGGCAGCCGUGCCCAGCGGCCUAGAGGAAGAUUGUGUGUUUGACCCCAAAAGGGUGAAGCUGGUGGGCAUUGCAGCGGCACCAGACAACACCAUACUGACCGAGCUUCAGAAGCUUCUGUCAGAAACAUCCAAAAGACGUGGAGGAAGAGGUGAUGGAAAUGUGUGUGCACUGUGUAAGAGAAAGACCCAAGAGGGUUCUCCACACAUCAAGCAACAGUGCUGGGAGUGUGGGAAAAACAUCUGCAUUCUCAUGUCUAAGCAUUUCUGUCCAGCCAAACCCCGACACAGGCAAGGGAAGAAGAGACCUUGAAAAACGGAGUGGAGUUGUGGUUCUGAAAGAAUCCACGUCCAUAUGGGCUUUGUAUGUGCUGGGGGCGGAGUGGAGGUGAAACUAAACUGAUUUAAAUUACAGGAUUUCUGCAUCUUACAUAAAGCAAUACAAGUAACUGAUGCAACAUGUGCUGGACAUGUUUAGGAACCUCUGGAAGUGAUCUACAAAAUCUUAUUCAUGAAUUAACAACAGCUUAUAGUAAACCAUAACAUGUACUAAAAUGAUCAUUUUUCUAUUUCUACUGCACUUGCUUGACAUUAUUAUCUGAUCAGCAUGCAUUAUGAUCACAAGCAAUGAAGAUGAGACACUACAUGUAAAGCAAAAUGUCUUUAUGAAUUAUUGUACUGAAAUGAUUUAAAUUUACUAUACACAGCAUCAUGUAACGGAACUAAAGCCAAUAAAUGUCAUUGUUAUAUUAACAGA